UACUAUAUAAAUCACACACCUUUACAUUGUUAGACAGUUCAACUGUGUAAAUUGCCAGUGUGAGAAUGAAGAUUGUGACCGUGAUUGUGCCGCUGUUGCUGCUGGUCUGCAAGACUAAGGCAGGAAAUGUUCCUGCGUAUACUUGUCUUCAAGACGUCGGUGCAGCUCUGAAAGAGUUGACUGCCUCAUUGGCUCAGCAUGCGGUGGAAAUAAGAUCCUUGAAAAAAGAAAAUAAAGCACAAGCAGCAAAGGUUGAACAACUGGGGAAGCAGAAGACUGAUGUUGACAAGCUGAAGCAACAGCUGCAAGUCAAACAGGUGGCUUUCUCAGCCUCUCUGUUGGCUAGCGGCGCCGCCACUGUCGGACCCUUUCCUGGAUUCACUACCAUGGUCUUUAAAAAUGUCGUCACAAACAUUGGAAAUGCCUACAACCCAAACACAGGUAUGUUCACCCCACCAGUGAAAGGAGCCUACCACUUCCAGUUUUACAUAGGAGCGUUUAUAGGUUCCCACGGUACAGCUGCUGUGUUGGUCAAGAACAAAGAGCGCACUUUUGCCACGUACGAGCAUCAAACGUCUGGGUUUGGAACUGCUACUAAUGGCAUUACACUGCUUCUGGACGUCGGAGAUGUUGUGUUUAUGCAACUGUGGUUUAAUUCUGUCGUGUAUGACAAUGAAAAUCGCCAUACCACCUUCAGUGGUCACCUGCUUUUCACUAUGUAAGAUGCAAACAGGUCUUCUUUCUCUUAACCUCUUUGGUAUUCAUGCAGGUUUUCUUGAAAUGAAUAAAUCUGAAUCCCUGUAGCAAUGAAUACUCAACUUGUAAUUUUCCUUUAAAUAAAAGCUAGAUGACAGAGCAGUGCAACAACAUUUACAUAAAAUGUUGAGAUAUUUUCCAUCUGUAUCUGAGGCC